UGUGUCUGUGCGCGCGCCGUCUGAAGACGCUUCUUACAUAAAUAUGCGGAUACUAUUGUUGUGUGCCCUGCUAGGGUUCGCCGUGGGGGAAGACGACUGGCAACCCAUCCACCCCGAGUCCAGUGUAUCAUUCACGUCCUAUGUAAAACCAGCUGAGCGCUCUUUAGAACCAAGUGGCAGUCUCAAGAUAUUGAACCGACGACCCAGUCCGUAUGGCGGCAACAAGUUGUCUCUGAUCAACAUGGCUCCGCCGUCCCAGGGCUCGGACUCCUGCAGUGUGUACAAGGUGUCCAUGAACCAGGAGUUGCAUUACCAGUACAUGGAGUACGAGAAGAGCCUGCCCGACCUCAAGGAGUUUACUCUGUGCAUGUGGACUAAGUUCCAUAAUCACUCCACAGAUCAUCCGCUGUUCUCGUAUGCAGUGAGUGACAACCCUAAAGAGAUUUUGGCUUGGAUUUCGAACACGAACGAAGCGAGUUACUUCAGCAUGGCUGUACACGGACAAACGUUCUUCAGGCUUAACUACCCGUUGAAAUUAAACAAAUGGUACCACUCCUGCCAAUCGUGGAACGGCAAGACCGGCGAAUGGCAGAUUUGGGUGAACGCAGAGAGAGUCGGCAGAGGUUUCCAUAAUAGGCUUGUAGGACAUGUAAUCAAAGGCGGAGGAGUAGCCGUGACCGGACAGGACCAGUCACAGCUGUUCAACAGAGAUCCACCACUGGAGCCAAAACCUAGACAACCUGGUUUGAUCGGUGAAGUAACCAUGCUGCAAAUAUACCAUGUGGCCCUAACCGCUGGAAAAGCACACAAAGACCACAAACAUCACCAUGCUCACCACUUCAAGCACGACGGCACUCCCAUUGAGGCUGCCACCGAACCUGUGACCGAGCCGCCGCCGCCGAUGGCAACUCCUCUGGGUAAUGGAAACUUCCUCGUGGGUGGCCAGCUGCAAAGACCUCAGAACCUCAACCUUGUUGGACCUCAGCAAAUGAUCCCUAUACAACUACCCAACGGUCUUCAAAUUCAACAAGAGUACGUGAACGGUCAAUUAGGAAACAGAAUAGUGUCCGAGCAACUGGUCAACAGUGUGCAACAGAUUCCUGCAGAUCAAUACAACUCUCUGAACCUUCCACAACAAAUACCGGUGCCCGUACAGCAAAUGAGACAGCCGCAGACCUUCCCUUCCCGGCCCAUAGGACCAUCCAAAGGCACUAGUGUCGUGCUAUCAGGAUCUCUGCUGAACCCUGCUAACGUCCAAUACAUUGAUGACACUGUGUCACAUAACUUGUUCAAACGAGACUCCAAGAAAAGAGACAAAAGAGAUAACCCCGAAAAGGAGCUUGCCGAUGGAACAAAAGCAGGGAAAAAAGACAAACGUGGUUUAGUAGCUCUAUCAGAUGGUUCAAUAGUCGAUGAAGCACUUCUAAGCCCGGGUCUGGUGGAAGAUCAAGAGGAAGAUAUUAUGUUCCAAGAAUCUCUGCUGCAUGGUCUUGCCGGAGUCGUAGGAAACCUGCCGGUGCAGAAUUUGCAGAAACAAACUGUGGACGAGAGAGAACCAGCUGAAGCCGAAGUAAAGGCAGUUAUGCAAGUGUGCAGUGGCUGCGCCCCCGAGCCUUUCAAGAAAGCAUUGGUGCUCUCCUGGAGGACUGCACCAAAAAAGUUGUACAGCGGUGCUCACUACUACAAGGGCCUACCCAUUUGUAGGGCAUUUUAGUUUAGUCUGUGCACGGGUAGUUUUAAAAUAGAAAAUUAUCAUGAUACAUUAUCGGGAUUAUUCCAUGGACGAUCACAAUAACUGACGAUACUGGUGAAAUUGUAAUUUAGUAUUUUUUAGAAUUUUUCCAAAAGAAAAUUUGUUAAGUACAGACAUACAAACAUAAAUAGAUACU